AUGUCGUUUCCAUCCGAUUCCGUGAACCCACACGCUCCGGACUCGCCACGAUCGUCACAGUCUCCUCCACCUGCUGGUGUGCAGGGUGAUCUAGAGCUUGAGUUGCUUGGGGUGGCUACAGCACUGUACAAUCUGGGUACGACGGUGAUCAACGAUUCCACUAAAGAGCGUGACAAGCCCAAGCAAGUUGGUGCGAGAGCCAAUGAUGUCGUGCGUCAAUUGGCGACGAUUGACGACAUGUCGCAGGGCAUUCGUGCGAUGGUUCCGUUGCAGGUGCUGGCGGACAUCGAUAACGCACGCAAUCCGAUGCAGCUGACUAAGGAGCGGUUAGAGCGGGCUGCGACUGAAAAUCAGUUUAUGAAUGGCAAGAUAGCUGCCCUCAAGUCAUACCACAGGCUGUUGAACGAGGCAUUGGCAAAGAACUUUCCUGAAACAGCAGAGUAUCUCGAUCCACGACCGGAGCACGCCACGGAUCUGUGA